ACUGCGCUCGUGCAGAAGAGGAGAUGAAAGCGAUGGACUGAUCACCUGCGAUAUUUACACGAGCACGAGACAGAAAACAUUCCUCGACAUCUUUCGACAGAUUUUUCGCAGGUUUUAAAUGAGGAUUUCUGUUGCUCUCGCGGCUUUUCUGCUCUUCUCUUCUCAUGUGUGUGCAAUUCCUCCAGAAUGUGAUCCAGAUUUUGUGCUGUUCAGAGAGGAGGAAAACUGCUACAAUAUCAUCCACCGAGAGAACAUGACAGAUAUCGGGUCCACACACACAGGUUGCAGUACAUUAUGGGAUCAUCUGAACUGUUGGCCUCGUGCUGAGGGGGGAGAGACUGUGUCGCGGCCAUGCCCCAAAUUCCUUAGGGUCAAAGGAGUUGUAUGGAGAAACUGCUCGGAGAGCGGCUGGUCAGAAACGUUUCCACCGUAUGAAGUGUCCUGUGGUCACGCACUCAACGACAGCUUUCAUUCUCCCAACGACUCGCAGGUGCUGGUCUCACACGAGUAUUUCUUUUAUGUGAGGAUCAUGUAUUCUGUUGGAUACACCGUCUCUCUUGUGUCGCUCAGCAUUGCUCUCACUGUGCUGUGUGUGUUCAGGAAGCUGCACUGUACUCGUAAUUUCAUUCAUAUGCAACUUUUCACGUCCUUCAUCCUACGAGCCAUCUUCAUCUUUAUCCGAGAUGCAGCGCUGCAUUCGUCACAGGAGUAUUAUCACUGCAACUUCCAUCCGCCUGGGUGUAAAGUUGCUCUGUUCCUGUCCAAUUACUGCAUCCUGGCCAACUACAGCUGGCUGCUGGUGGAAGGACAUUAUCUUCACAGUCUCAUAAACCUCUCUCUGCAUUCACACAACAAACGCCUUCACUGCUACACACUGCUCGGCUGGGGGAUCCCAAUGCUGAUUAUUAUUAGCUGGAGUUUGGCCAAAUACCUGCAUCAGGAUGAAGGGUGCUGGGAGACGAGAGAUCAUGGAUGGAUAUGGUGGAUACUUCGAGUUCCAGUCAUCAUUUUUAUUACAGUAAACAUGCUGUUUUUCCUGAGAAUUAUUCGGACAUUAGUGGGGAAGCUGAAAGCUGCAGACAUGCAUGGAAAUGAGUUGAAUCAUCACAGGAAGCUGGCGAAAUCUACAUUCCUGCUGGUGUCUCUGUUUGGACUGCAGUAUGUCCUCUUCGCCUUUUUCCCUGAUAGAGUCAAUGUCCUAACCUUUAAAAUCUGGAACGUUAUCGAGCUUGCAUUAGCAUCCACACAGGGCUUUAUUGUGGCACUGCUGUACUGUUUUUUAAAUGGGGAGGUACAGUAUGAAGUUCAAAGACGAUGGAGGCGGUGGCGGAUGAAGCAGCGUUUCCAUGGUGAUCCCAGAGUGCAUCACAACUCCUUGAGUCACAGCGGCCUGCCACUGACACAGGUGUCCUUGCUCACACGUCAAAACACACACACAACCUAGAC